UAAGGCGAGAAGGCAGUAUACGCUCGAUACUGCGGUUGAUCGGAGAUGACGGACGACUACACCGAAAGUGCGCCGGUAGUGUGUACUACCCAUGGAAAAGUGCAGGGAACUCUGCUUAAAUCGCUGUAUGACGAGCGGUUCUACGCUUUUGACGGCAUCCCAUAUGCUGUUCCUCCGCUCGGAACUCUGCGCUUCAAGGAACCGCAUGACCUGAAGCCUUGGCACGGAGUUCGAGAUUGCUCCAAGCCCUUGAACAAGUGCCUACAAGUGAGCUCCUACACCAAGUUGGUGGAGGGUUCCGAGGAUUGCCUGUAUCUGAAUGUUUCUGUGAAAACUCUGCUCGGCGAACCUAUGCCCAUUAUGGUCUAUAUCCAUGGAGGUGCCUUUAAGGGCGGCGAUUCUUCGAGACGAGCUUGGGGUCCUGACUAUUUUAUGAAGGAAAAGGUGGUCUAUAUAAGCAUUGGGCAUCGACUGGGGCCUUUGGGCUUUCUGAGUUUUGAGGAUCCCACACUAGAGGUCCCUGGCAACGCCGGGCUCAAGGACGUAAUCCUGGCCCUUCAGUGGAUCAAGGCGAAUGCGGCCAACUUCAAUGGCGACCCGGACAGAAUAACGAUCUUUGGCCACAGCUCCGGCAGCAUGACGGUUCAGCUGCUGCUGGCCAGUCCGCGAACAGAAGGACUCUUCAACAAGGCCAUCCUAAUGGCUGGCUUCUCCAUGGAGCUGAAUCGCCUGCCUGAUGUGGAAUUCCGCCUGGCCAAACACCUGGGCUACGAGGGAGACAAUGUCGACAGCCAGGUCUUGGGGUUCCUCUUGAAGGCAGAUCCGCACCUGCUCGUCUCUGCGGACUUCUUCACUCCGGCGGAGAAGAGUCAAGGCCACGUCAUGGCCUUUGUUCCCAGCGUAGAGCGAUAUGCCAGCCCAAAGGCAGCUCUCCUGUCGGAGCCCGUCGACCUCCAGCGCACUGCUUGGAGCAACCGCAUCCCCAUUAUCCUGGGCGCCAACAGUGGAGAGGGCUUGACCAGCAUUAAUUUCAUCAAAACCAACCCUACUUGGCUCAAGGACUUCCAGCACAACCCCGAGCGGGUGCUGCCGUGGACUCUGAGGAAUCGCUGUGAUCCCGGACUGCGGCGUCAGUUGGGCCAGGCGCUGAUCAACCACUUCUGCCAGGCCCACGGACACGAGCUGACUGCCAGCCACACGGACGCAUUGGCGGACCUCUUCACUCAUAGCAUGGUGCAUGCCCUGGACCGACUCAUCCGAGCCAGGUUGUCCUACGGCCAGGCACCCACCUACCUCUACCGCUUCGACUUCGACUCGCCGGACUUCAACUUCUACCGCAUCCGCUUCAUGGGGAAGGAGCAACGGGGAGUCGGCCAUGUGGACGAGCUGGGUUACAUAUUUGUGAUCCCAGCCACCUUUAAAUUGGACCCAUCUCGACCCGAGCUCACCGCUAUCCGCCGCAUGGUGGCCAUGCUCGUGCACUUCGCCGCCACCUCGGACCCCAAUGCACCACUCACCAAGUCUCUGGUGGAUUGGAAGCCCGUCUCCCGGUUCGGCAAAAGAAUGGCUCUCAACAUCAGCGAGGAACUAAGGUUCAUUCCCCAACCAGAGAUGCCUAAGCUCAAGUUCUUCGAUCGGCUCUUCGAAAUUGCGGGAUUUACGGACAACACGCGCUGCGAACGGACGAUGUCGGAGAACAGCCAGGAGACUUGCGAACUUACCCUGCCCCUGGGCCAAAUAAAGGGCGUCAAGCGGCGCAGCCUCUACGAUGACACCUACUUAGCUUCGAGAAGAUCCCCUUUGCGAAGCCUCCAGUGGGAGAGCUGCGAUUCAAGGCCCCGGUGCCGGCAGAGGCGUGGCCCGGGGUUUUGGAUUGCACCCACUUUGCGGAGAAGCCAACCCAGAGGAGUUUGCUUGACGAGCGUUAUUGAAGGGACCGAGGACUGCCUGUACCUGAACGUCUACUCCAAGCAGUUGAAGACCGACAAGCCGUUGCCGGUAAUGGUCUACAUUUACGGCGGGGCCUUCACAAUAGGUGAGGCAACGCGCGAUGUCUACGGCCCGGACUACUUCAUGGCCAAAGAUGUGGUCCUGGUAACUCUCAACUAUCGCGUUGAUUGUUUAGGAUUUCUCUCUCUCGAGGAUCCUAGCCUAGAGAUACCAGGAAACGCCGGCCUCAAGGAUCAGGUGCUGGCUAUAAAGUGGGUCAAGCAGUACAUUUCCAACUUCAACGGCGAUGAUAAUAACAUUACGGUGUUCGGAGAGAGUGCCGGCGGGUGUUCCACCCACUUUAUGAUGUGCUCGGAACAGACCAGGGGACUGUUCCACAAGGCCAUUCCCAUGUCGGGCACUGUGCACAACUACUGGUCCAAUAACCCACGUGAGGACUUCGCCUUCCGCCUGGCCCAGCAGUACGGCUUCACUGGCGAAAAUGUAGACGCCAAGGUGCUGGAGCACCUUCGAGGAGUUCCUGCCAGAGACCUGGUUAACCACAAUCUGAUAACACCCGAGCACCGAAGGAACGGCCUGCUCUUCGCCUUCGGUCCCACCGUGGAGUCGUACGUGGGUGCGGACUGCGUGCUGCCCAAGCCGCCUGUGGAAAUGGCCCGAGAUGCGUGGUCAAACAGUUUGCCCAUUAUGCUGGGCGGAACCUCUUUCGAGGGCCUCUUCAUGUAUCCAGGUGUGUCCGCCAAUCUCAAGGCCUUGGACAGCCUGAACCAGGACCCCACGAGGAUGGUGCCGCGUGAUGUGCGGGACGUCAGCAGCCAGCAGGAGAGUCUUGAGUUCAGCAAGCGUCUGAUCAAAGCCUACUUCGGAGAUUCCCCACCCAGUUCAGAGCUCUUCAUGAACAUGCUCGAUUUCUACUCCUAUAAGGUCUUCUGGCACGGCUUCAAUCGCACUUUGAACGCAAGACUCGCCUAUGCAAAGGCACCCACCUAUUUCUACCGCUUCGACUUCGACUCUCCGAACUUUAACUUUUACCGGAAAAAGUUCUGCGGGGACAACAUUAAGACUGGUGUGGCCCAUGCCGACGAUCUGAGCUAUUUGUUCAGGAACGCACUUUCUUGGAAACUGGAAAAGUCAUCUGCUGAAUACCGCACCAUCGAACGGAUGGUUGGUAUUUGGACGGCGUUCGCAGCGACCUCGAAUCCCAACUGCCCGGAAAUUGGUCAAGUGGACUGGAGGCCAUCGACGAAGGCUGAUCCCAAGCCAGUGCUCAACAUCAGUAACGAAGUGAAGAUUAUUGAUUUGCCCGAGUAUGAAAAACUUCAGAUUUGGGAUGGAAUCUACAAGCCGGAUCAAUUAAUCUAAGCCGAACAUAUAGUUAAUUGCUUAAUGCCAUUAUAACAGGUUUUAAAAAGAAUACUGUUUUAAAACAUUGUUGUGUUAAAUUACCUAUUAAAACAAAGUAAAAUAUUUUUGUGUUCUUUAAACUAGGCAUUUCCACAAUAAAACUGAUUUC